AAUCACGUAGCUAGCUUUACCCUGAAUUUCAUACCAAACGCACUUCCUCCCUCCUCCACUCACGAUGGCAGGUGAACAGCUCAGCGUGCUGUAUCCGGUUUGUGGAUAAAACUGCGGAAAACUCCAGUCCUGUCAGUUAGGAGGUGAAGGAGACAGAGACUCAGGUCCAAAGAUGCCUUUGGCUGACGUCAAACAGAGCUUCUGCACUGAGUCAAGAACUGUUCUGCGUGUUUUGAUGGAGUCAUCUGAGAUCAGUGAAGGGGGGCAAAUGCUGCACAAAGGUCAGCGUCAUUUCAGACUGGCGGACGUCAGAAAAACAAGCAAACGACUCUUCGGAGGAGCGAAGGGGAGAACCGAAGUGAAGCUGCUCCUGUGGAGUACAAUUACCUCCAAAGUGCUGCUCUACCCCCCUAACCCAUCCAGGAUUUUCCCUAAAACUGCUUUGAGCCUCCCUCCGUCUGAGGCUAUGAGAGGGAGAGAGGAGUCCCAGGCUGUACCAUCAUGCUUCUUCUGAGACGCUGGGAUGAGACUUUGGCUGGCAAAACAAAAGGUAAUACUCUCCCACUCCUCCACCAUGCCUGUCCACGGCUGCUGCAGCCCCUCCCUGCCUCAUGGCCAAGCAGAGGCCUCCACCUCCGCCCCCUCACUCGUCCAGAAGCAGGAGAGGCGAGUCCGACCCCUACCCCAGCCCCCGCCUCCGUCGCUCCCCGGCCGCCACAGCGCCUCUCUCCGCCUCCCCCUCCUACUCCUCCUGCUCUGCCUUCUCCACCUGCCCCCGGCCUGCCACUCACGGAGAGAGAAGGGCGGGGGAGGCGGUGGCGGCCACUACAUCCCGAUCCCUCAGCCCCCGCCUCACCACAUGGCCCUUCCCAACAUCUUGCGUGGCCUCAGCAUCGCCGUCGUCCUGGUGGGGAACUCCAGCGAGAUGGCGCUGACGGGGGCUCGGGAGAAGGAGGACUUUCUGCACAUGGCACCCAACGUGGAGGUGCUGACCAUGAAUGAAACGGACCCUAAGAGCAUCAUCAAGAGCAUCUGUGACCUCAUGACGGAGCACUGGCUGCAGGGCGUGGUGUUCGGGGACGACACCGACCAGGAGGCCAUCGCCCAAAUCCUUGACUUCAUCUCAGCGCAGACGCACAUCCCCAUCCUCGGAGUCCGCGGCGGCUCCUCCAUGAUCAUGGCUGCCAAGGAUGACAACUCCAUGUUCUUUCAGUUCGGCCCCUCCAUUGAGCAGCAGGCUUCAGUCAUGCUGAACAUCAUGGAGGAAUACGACUGGUACAUCUUCUCCAUCGUCACCACAUACUACCCCGGCUACCAGGACUUCGUCACCAAGAUCCGGAGCACCAUCGAGAACAGUUUUGUCGGCUGGGAGCUGGAGGAGGUUUUACUCCUUGACAUGUCUGUAGAUGACGGAGAUUCAAAGAUCCAAAACCAGCUGAAGAAGCUGCAGAGCCCCGUAAUUCUCCUCUACUGCACCAAAGAGGAGGCCAACACCAUUUUUGAGGUGGCUCACUCUGUAGGCAUCACCGGCUAUGGCUACACCUGGAUCGUUCCCUCGUUGGUGGCUGGAGACACGGUCGUAGUGCCUGCAGAGUUCCCCACAGGUCUUCUCUCUGUCUCCUACGACGAGUGGGACUACGGCCUGGACGCGCGUGUCCGUGACGGUGUGGCGAUCAUCACCAUGGCAACCUCCACUAUGAUGAUGGACCGCGGACCUCACACGCUGCUGAAGUCAGAGUGUCACGGAGCUCCGGACAAGAAAACUCCCAUCUCAGGCAACCCCAAUGAAGUGCUCAGGUACCUGAUGAAUGUGACGUUCGAGGGCCGAAACCUGUCGUUCAGUGAGGACGGAUACCAGAUGCAUCCGAAGCUGGUCAUCAUCCUGCUCAACAAAGACAGACAGUGGGACCGGGUAGGUAAAUGGGAGAACGGUUCCCUGUCCAUGAAGUACCACGUGUGGCCUCGGUAUGAACUGUACGGAGGGGCGGCGACCAGGGAGGACGACCACCUGUCCAUUGUGACCUUGGAGGAGGCUCCGUUUGUCAUCGUGGAGGACGUGGAUCCUCUGAGUGGAACGUGCAUGAGGAACACGGUGCCCUGCAGGAAACAGAUCAAAACACUGAAUCAAACCAAGGAGUCAGGGAUCUACAUAAAGCGCUGCUGUAAAGGUUUCUGCAUAGACAUCCUGAAGAAGAUCGCAAAGUCAGUCAAGUUUACCUAUGACCUUUACCUAGUCACCAACGGCAAACAUGGCAAGAAGGUCAACGGGACGUGGAACGGCAUGGUGGGAGAGGUGGUGUUGAAAAACGCUCACAUGGCCGUCGGCUCUUUGACCAUCAACGAGGAGAGAUCCGAGGUCAUAGAUUUCUCCGUCCCCUUCAUUGAGACAGGAAUCAGCGUCAUGGUUUCCCGUAGCAAUGGCACUGUUUCACCCUCAGCCUUCUUGGAGCCCUUCAGCGCCGAUGUGUGGGUGAUGAUGUUCGUGAUGCUGUUGCUGGUGUCAGCAGUGGCGGUGUUUAUAUUCGAGUACUUCAGCCCUGUGGGCUACAACCGCUGUCUGGCUGACGGCAGAGAGCCUCAUGGUCCAUCCUUCACCAUCGGUAAAGCAAUCUGGCUGCUGUGGGGUCUGGUCUUCAACAACUCUGUGCCCGUGCAGAACCCUAAAGGAACCACGAGUAAGAUCAUGGUGUCGGUGUGGGCCUUCUUCGCUGUCAUCUUCCUGGCCUCGUACACUGCCAACCUGGCUGCCUUCAUGAUCCAGGAGGAGUACGUGGACCAGGUCACGGGUCUCUCUGAUAAAAAGUUCCAGAGUCCAAACGACUUCUCUCCUCCAUUUCGGUUCGGCACCGUCCCAAACGGCAGCACAGAGAGGAACAUUAGGAACAACUACCCAGAGAUGCACUCGUACAUGACCAAGUUUCAUCAGAGGAACGUCAAUGAGGCUCUGCAGAGUCUGAAGGCCGGCAAACUGGACGCCUUCAUUUACGACGCUGCCGUCCUCAACUACAUGGCGGGCCGAGACGAGGGCUGUAAGCUGGUGACCAUCGGUAGCGGGUACAUCUUUGCCACCACCGGGUAUGGCAUCGCCAUCCAGAAGGAGUCGCUCUGGAAGAGACACGUCGACCUCGCCAUCCUGCAGCUGUUUGGAGAUGGUGAGAUGGAGGAGCUGGAGUCGCUGUGGCUGACAGGGAUCUGCCACCACGAGAAGAACGAGGUAAUGUCCAGCCAGCUGGAUGUGGACAACAUGGCCGGCGUCUUCUACAUGCUCGGCGCCGCCAUGGCUCUGUCGCUCAUCACGUUUAUCUGCGAGCACUGGUUCUACUGGCAGCUGCGCUUCUGUUUCAUGGGCGUCUGUUCCGGCCAGCCAGGCUUCGUCUUCUCCAUCAGCAGGGGCAUCUACAGCUGCAUCCACGGCGUACAGAUUGAGGAGAAGAGCAGCUCUGCGCUGAACUCCCCGUCAGCCACCAUGAACAACACCCACUCCAACAUCAUGCGCCUCUUACGCACCGCCAAAAACAUGGCGUCCCUGUCGGGGGUGAACGGCUCACCACACAGCGCUCUGGAUUUCAUCCGGCGAGAAUCUUCUGUGUACGACAUCUCGGAACACAGGCGCAGCUUGGCGGGCCACUCGGACUGCAAACCACCGUAUCUACCGGAAGACAACAUGUUCAGCGACUACAUCAGUGAGGUGGAGAGGACGUUUGGUAACCUCCACCUUAAGGACAGUAAUCUGUACCAGGACCACUACCUCCACCACCAUGGAUCAACACUUGGGCUCAGUGGACCACCACCCAACAGGCCCCACAGUUUGGGUAGUGCUAGCUCUCUAGAGGGUGGUAUGUUCGACUGUGACAGCCUAGGUGGAGGUGUGGCUCCUAUUUUUACCACCCAGCCCUGCUCAGCACUGACUCAUAGAAACAUGAGCAAGUUUGAUUUGCUGUCUGGACAAACUCCUCCCUCAGGACAGAGCUUCAAGGGAGGCCUGCCAGACCUGUACGGGAAGUUUUCCUUCAAGGGAGGUGCCUCGAGUUCUACGUACAUCCCUGGGCAUAACUACUGUGGAGGUAGAGGCGAUGACGAUGGGAAUAUACGCUCAGAUGUCUCUGAUAUCUCCACUCAUACGGUUACGUACGGAAACUUGGAGGGCAAUGCUAAAAAACGCAAACAAUACCGCGAUAGCCUGAAGAAGAGGCCGGCCUCUGCCAAGUCCAGACGGGAGCUGGACGAAAUCGAGCUGGGCUACAGGAGGAAACCUUACCACAUCAGCCACCACCACUACCAUGGCCACCGCUCUGCCUCUCCACCACUCCUGCCCUCUGAACGGAAAAGAGGAGGAGGAGGAGGUAGUGGCGGAGGAGGAAAUACUGAAGGGAACUCCUAUCUCUUCAGAGAAAAGGAAAGUGUUAGGGAUUUUUAUUUGGACCAGUUUCGGCCCAAGGAGGGCGUCCCACAGUGGGAGCAUGUGGACCUCACAGAGGGAGGUGGGAGCAGAGAAGGAGUGGGGACUUGCACCUCCCUGGUCCCAGUGGAUGAUUUCCUUAAGAGCAAACCCAAAAAGUCUGAUUCUAAGAGUGGUGGAGGGUCAGGGCUGGCAGGGGGAGAGUGGGAAUGCAGGAACUGUCGGGCUAGUGGGGGAGGGGGCAAACAGAUGUCCAUUCAUGGUAGUGGGUAUGGUGUGGGUAUAAGUUGCGGGACAUCAGGAGGGGGAGGCAGUCGCCCUAGCUCUGCAACCUGCAUGCGCUGCGAAGGCUGCAAAAAGGGGCAGCAAACUACUGGAAACCUUUAUGAUAUCAGCGAGGACAACAACCACCUUUUGGAACAAAUGGGGGGAGGACAAGGUGGAGGAGGAGGGGGAGGCCCUCAGUCUCAACCUCAGGGCCAGCAGAGGAGGAAGGGUGGAUUUGGCAAGCCACUAAGGCGGCAGCACUCAUAUGAUACGUUUGUGGACCUUCAGAAAGACGAGUCGGGUGGAAUGGGAAGUUUAAUGGGGAUUGGAGGUGGAGGAAUUGGUGGAUCAGGAAUGGGGGGGAUGCUACCCCCACCCAGGAGUGUCAGCUUAAAGGAGAAGGAGCGCUACAUGGAGGGAACCAGCCCUUUUGCGCACAUAUUUGAACGCCACGGUGGAUCAGAGAGGGAAAGGGAAAGAGACAGGGACCCUUUGUUUUACGAAGGCCGGAAAGGCCCUGGCUCACCGUUUGGCCUGUUCAGAGGCGGGGAAGGACUCCACCGCCGCUCAAUCGGAGAGAGAGACAUGAGAGACAGGGAUAGGUCUCUGAUGGAAGGAGGAGGAGGAGCAGCGUUCUCUUUAUCGAAAUCUCUUUACCCCGACAGGGUAAACCAAAACCCCUUUAUACCCACCUUUGGCGACGACCAGUGUCUGAUGCACGGAGCCAAACAAUACUACAUGAAAAAGCAACAGCAGCAGCAACAAGUUGCCAAAAACAGCCGAAGUGACUUCAGGAGCCAGAUGAGUACGCCGUCGUAUCUUCCAUCGUCCGCCUCGUCUGGAGUGAUGUCGAAUGUGGCCCCACGGUUCCCGAAAGAGCUCAGCCUCGGUGGGUUGAACCACCACGGCUCCAUGCUGGGCGUCGGCCCCCCUCGUCCCUUCAAUGGAAGCAAUGGCCAUGUGUACGAGAAACUGUCCAGCAUCGAGUCUGACGUGUGAGAGAACAAGGAGAGGAGGAGGCAAAUGGGAAAGAGGGGAGGACUUGUAAGGAGAUUAGAGAUGAAUUAAAGACAAUGGGCCUCAUUCACCCAUAAGAGUUUUCUUAAAUUUGUUCUUAAGAAUGAGAAGCCUGUGAACGAUUCAUGACAUUAUUGUCACCUGUGUUCUUGAGUCGAUGAAUGGCAAGUGCUAAUAAGCAAGUUUCUUCCAAUUGGCAAAGAGAAAUGCCCCUUUUAUGUCCAUAUAAGAGAAUGAGACUGCAGGGCAUUGCGCAAAAACAGAAGGCAGAGAGGAGUAAGAGGAGAAGAAGCAAGAUCUCAAUAACAUCCCACUUAAAAAUAAACUGUGAAAACAAUUGCAAUAGUUUGUAAUACGUCAAUAGCUCAGAAAUGGAUUAGCACCAGUACAGAAUAUUAAUUCUAAAAAAAACAUUAAAUGGAUGAAAUCACUGGUUCAGAUGAUACUUAAAUCAGAAAUGACAUGUGUCAUGCUGUAAUAAGAAAAGGAUGCAUUCCAGACAAGUUACAGCAUAGUUUCCCAUCCAGGGGUCGGCGAGGGAGGUGCAAGGCUUUGUCUGCUCUUAGGUUGUCCAAAUUUGAUUGGCAUAUUUUACUCUAAGAUUAUGUGCAAAACUUUCUUUGAAUAGUUUAUACAAAUGUCUUUAGGUAUUAUAAACAGAUGAAGAUCUUUUUUGUAGGAUUUUGCCAGUUAAACAAUUAGAACCGAUGUUGAAUUUCGACAAUUAUCCAUUACUUUUAAAUUUGUGUAGGUCUUGGGGGGGCUUGGCUUUUCUUAGAUACCAGAAAGGGAGGGCUCCGGGAGAAAUAAACAAUUGGAAAUUACUGAACUAAGAGGCAACUGGCUGCUGGCCUCUAUGGUGGGGCGUUUUGGGCUCAUCUGUUGCAGACCACUACCAUGGGGCAGGAAGUGACAUACUAACCCUUGUUGGGUUUUUGCUUAGUUUGUGGUGUGUUAUCUUAGAUAUAUUCCCCUUACCCUAACCCUAACCAUAACCUCUAGGGUUCAGGUACUUAACCGUCUUUGGGGUUUUCCUUGGUUUGUGGUGUGUUACAUCUCAAUUUAUCUCCCUCUCCUUCCCUCUUACCCUAAUCCUAACCUUUAGGGUUCGGGUGCCUAACCCUAACCCCCCUGGAGUUUUCCUUAGUUUGUGGUGUCUUAUUUUUAAUUUCACCCCCCCUCAAUAAAUUUUCUAUUAUCUUUCAUAAAAUGUUGUUCUUGUGAAAACUAGCCACUCACUGUAACCACUAACUGUGAGCCAAAAAUAUCCAUCAUUUAGAAAGUUGUUCUGGUUCUGCUUUGGGUAAUGUAUGUCACCCUGCCAUAGAAUUCUGCAGCCAGAUCCUCUUUUUACUGAAUUAAAAAAAUUGCUCAAUCAAGUGACUGAUGUGGGUAUAAAGGCUCAUUUAUGCUCUACUCACGUAUGAAAAUAAAUCUUUGAUUUUCAAACCUUUAAACCGUCAUUGCUUUGUUAUGUCGGACACUGAAAAGACAUCCUGCCCAGACCUUCUCAGUUGUCUGCAACAUUUUCUCAGAAAACUUGAUUAAUUUCCACAUUUUCAAAUGAUUCUUCUUCGCUGUGUUUUGCUAAUUUGUUGGCUGUAUUGCUCAACACUGCCCCCAUGAUCAGCGAUGGCGUUGCAUCAUUUGGUCCGUAUUUGUAAUCGUUGAGAGAACGGGCGAAAAACGGACGGAAUAAAUGCAGAUAGCAGAUCGAAAGGUCAGUCCGUAUCCAUGUGUGUUUCAGAUGUAUAGCAUAAAUGAGCCUUAACUUGAUUUAAUUUACGUUCAUUCUUAAAUCUAAUGCUUUAAAAUUAUGCAAUCACAUUUAAACCUGCUGAUGCACACAUACUAAUGUGUGAUUAUUGUUUUAAACAAGUGCAACAAUAAAAGUACUACACAUAUUCUAAAUUUGAACUCAUAAUUUAACAUUUUGCACUAAAAAUGAAACACUGCACUUUUAAAUUAGGACUUAAACAUUUUAAAGUCACAUGUUUUGCAUAUCAAUUAUGUAAAUGAUGAAAUUUAUUGACAAAAAUGCUGUAAAAUAGAGAUCAGAAUUCUAUUUUAUUUUGUCAUUCUUAAUCCAGCACAUUUGCAGUGCAAAAUUAAACAUUUUAUCCUGUCAUAUCAGCACUCAGAUGUUCAUAAGAGUGCUCUGAAGUGUUAUUAGAUCUUUGAGGGUGUAAGGACAAGUUUCCUUUUAAGAACGUCUGGUGAAUGAGGCCCAGGGUCCAUGCUCUGUGACCCGAGCCCAUAUUGGGACAGAAAGAUUGCAUUUAAGGGGAGGAAGAAAAGACUGAAAGGUUGAGACUGCAAAGGAAACUGAAAGAAUCUUGAUUUUGCAAGAAAUGUGUUUAAAAUUCAGGACACCCUGAGGAGGAGUGGGAUGUAAAACCCUCUCUCAGAUUUGGCCAAAGCAACUCUACUUUCAUGUCAAAAUCAGUCGAUUAACCCUCCCCCCUUAAUGCCACAAAUGCACUCCGAUUCCUUCAUUUCACCCGCCAGUGAGCGAAGCAGAAGUCAAUCCGCUUGUUUACGACUGCAAAGAAGAGACAUCUCAUCUUAGUUUGAUCUCACACAUGUGUGAUCUGACGGCUGUCUGAGAGCUCCCGCUGUGGAAGGACUAUGAGAGCGGAGAGAGGAGCGAACUGCCCAUCUGCCCUGGUGUCACCUCAGAAAGAGACAUCGCCACUUCUAGUCGAGCCGCCACACGGGACAUGACGAGUGCUUCUCUGUCCAUCUCUCUCUCCGUCCGACACUUGUGUUCUCUCCUCCUCCUCAUCCCUAACGCCAAAAGAGCUGAUCUUGUUUGCUGUGAGAAAUACAAUCAUGAAUGAUAAUAAGAUAUUCUUAUAGAAAAAAACAGGGUAUAAGA